GGGACGAAGGUGAGGAGUGAAGAAACCAAAGCCAAAUUAAGCCAUAGAAUAUUGUUGAUAGAGAAUAUAUACAUCAUCAUGGUGCAACUACUAGUAUUACCAUCGUCGUCCUUGAUCCUCCUCCUGGUGCUGCUGAUGAUGGCGCCGUCGUCAUCAUGCGCGCAGGAGCAGGAGCAGGAGCAGCAGCAGCUGAAGCAGCAGAUGCAGGAGCAUCAGCAGCAGCAUACCAUGUUGCAGGGGUGGAUAAAGGAGCAGGUUGCCAAAGAUGCAGCAGCGGGGUGCACGUGCGGCAAGAAGGACGCUGCACUCUCCGCAGCCGAGGCUAACAGGGUGGUCCUCCACGUCGAACCCGCCGACGAUAGUAGUACCUCAGAUCCUGCUAUCUACCUCAACAGCAUCGGCGAGGCCAUCGCCAAGAUCCCCGACGGCAACACCAAACGGUACAUCAUCAGUAUCCAGCCCGGCGCCGUGUACCGUGAGAAGUUGUUCCUGGGAAAGAACAAGCCGUUCGUCACCUUGGCCUCCACCAGUCCCGAGGCCCCUGCCAUCAUCGCCUGGAACGACACCGCCGCCACCCUCGGCAAGGACGGCAAGCCCCUGGGAGCUGAAGGAAGCAGCAGCGUGACCAUCGAGUCGGACUUCUUCAUUGCCAGCGGCAUCUUGUUCAGGAACGACGCGCCGGAGCCGGAGCUGAAGAGGGAUAAUCAAGGGAAGAUCGGCGAGGUGACUAGCGCAACCAUGGCGCCAGCGCUGCGAGUGGCAGGAUCCAAGGCCACCUUCUACAAAUGCACCGUCGACGGCGGGCAUGGCGCCCUGUAUGACCAUAAGGGACUGCACUACUAUAAAUCGUGCACAAUCAACGGCACCUUCGACUUCAUCUUCGGCAAUGCAAGGUCCUUUUACGAGGACUGCAACAUUGUCUCCAAAUCCGCCACUGAUUACCUCGGGGACCUGCCGGUGGCAAAGCCGCCCUUGACCUUGUCGCCUGCGGCGGCCGACGGCGGUUUCUCUUUCAAGACAUGCACCAUCACAGGGCAAAGUUUUAUCUUCCUAGGAAGGGCGGGCUGGCCUGUCGUCUACUCCUACACCAACAUAGGAUACGACCUUUUUCCUCUAAUCGUCUCUGGCUCUGACGAUAGCCAAGCAGGGGCUAAAUUUCAGUUCAACCGGGAGUUUGCCCCGUUCCUCUUUAUAUCAUACAAGAACUACGGUGUUCCGAGUGGUGCGGUGGGGAUAAACAAAACCGAUGUCGCACCCUUUCUUGGAACCCAAUUUGUCUCCGGAGACAAUUGGAUCCUGUCCAUACCACCUGCAACAGAGUAGCAGCACGCGGCGGCGGCAAGGACUGACUAGGGAUCGGAUGGAGCACAUAUGUUUAUAUGCAUGAUAUAUAUAUGAUGGCCACCAUCAUCAUCCUAUGACACAACCCGCGGAAGUUGUUGUUUGUUUUACUUCUUUUGUACGGCUUGCAUUUCAUCAGGCACCAACAAAUAAGACUUUUUGCUCCGAUCAUCACCGAUGUGAUCGAUUAAUUAAUAACCGGUCUCCUCAAACAAUUAUUUGAUUCCUUAGAAACAUUCCUUUUUUGUAUUGUUUACCCAAAAUAAGUAUACCUAGUGUGUGUGAUUACUUUU